GCAAACCUGCAAUGUGUGCGAUCAGCUGUUUUUGUUUAGUCGGUGAGUUAAUUUUGUGAUUUGUAACAAAUUUAAAUUUACCUCGCGUAAAGAUACGAAUGUUUCCAUACAUUUGGGAAAUGUUAAAUUAAAUAUGCCAAUUUACAGUAGCAGCAUUAGACGUAUUCUGGAUAAGUGGCCCGGCAAGCAACGAUUUGGGGUUUACAGGUUUUUGCCUCUGUUUUUCAUUCUCGGUGCCGCUCUUGAAUUUUCAAUGAUUAACUGGACCGUAGGAGAAACCAAUUUUUAUCAUACAUUUAAAAAACGACAGGCGAAAAACUUUGUGGAGGAUAAAUUACAAACAACACAAAAUCAGGUGCAGCCACAAGCUAAAGAAACGGCGUAA